GGACCUCAAGGUGGGAGGAGUUGGCGGCUCGUGGGGCGUGGUCUCGUGCAGAGGGCGGGGCGUCACGCUUGUCUGGGAGCGAGCCGAGUGAGCGGGGCCCGCGGCCCGGGGCGAGGCGCGAGUGCGCGGAGCGUCGCGGGGAGUGCGCAUGGCUCACGAGCGAGGGAGGGCACCACUCCUGUCAACGAUGUAGGAGCAGCGGAUGCGUGCAGCGUGGGCUUCUCACGACGUGCGCUUCUCUCGACGUGCGCUUCGGCAUGGUCCAUGGUCCCGGCCAGCGCUCACCCGCACAGCCCUCGGCCUGCAGCAGCCCCUUCAUCAUCGCCAGGAACCAGCUCAGCAUGCAGCUGAAGCCAUAUGCGGGCAGCCAUGGCAAGGCGGCGUCCCCCUCCUCACAGCUCUUCGAGCGGGCCAAGCGCUAUUUCCGCAGCGCACAGUCUAGCAUGAGCAUCACUGGCUUUGGGAGUCGCGUUGUGUGGGGCGCUGUGGGCGGUGCGGUCGGUGGUGUCGCCUUCUGCAGGGCUUGCAGUGGAAAGCCAGCCCGGGGCAAGGCCAGCGGGGGUGGUUCGGGCGGAGGUGGCGGCCGCAGCCUGAUGCGGGACGCGGCCGAGUGGUGCUUGGACCGACAGGCGGAGCCCAAGGUGGUGUGCGAGGCAUGCAUGGCGGCGGCGGCUGCGGCGGCGGCGGCGGCGGCCCACAACGGAGAGGAGCAGCGCGUGCAGCUGGAUAUACUGUCCGUGAUCAAGCCUGGAAACACUCGCGAGAAGAUCGCCUUCUUCAUUCGCAACCAGUGUAACAGCUGGAACGGGCAGCUCAAGGUGAAGAACCCCUGGGAGCAAGGCUGCACCAAGGCGAAGCGACGUCGCAAGUCGCAGGACUCUGACGUGGCGUCGGCUCAGAAUGCUCGGUCUGUGUCGGAGGCCGCCUGCCAAUGCUCCACAAGCGCGUUUAAGGAGCCCGAUGGGCGAAUGGCAAAUGCCUGCUCAGACGGGCUUGAAAGCUGUAAUGAGAAUGUGCUGUCAGAGAGUGACAUGCUGUCCGUACUGGAAAAGGUAGCACUGUUGGAGGGCAAGAGUGCAAGAGAAGGCGUGGGCAGGAGUCGAGUUGGAAGCAGCUCUUCGGCUCACGCGUCUGAUGCCGCGGCUGCGAGCCAAGAACCUGAUCUUCAGAAACAUUCUCUAGAUGCUGCGUGCUCUCCUCCUGUUUCCUGUUCUGCGGGAGACAGCUUAGCGAGGGCCUGGUGCGACAGGCCCCACGUGGAGACGUGGUGCGAGCGUGUUCGUGUGGACAGCGGCACCCAGCCCAGUGCGUGUGGGGAGUUACCUGCCGAGUCUGUGCGCGUAACGGAGGCAAUCGCACGGCUUGAAUUGGAGAGCCUGAAGCAGCAGCAGCCGGGAGACCGAACAUCCUGCAGCCUUUCUCGCAACAGCAGCCUGCGUCGCUCUUUCAAGAAGAUCUCCAUUUCGUCCUCGGCCGCAUCUUGCUCCUCUGCCUCGGCUGCCUCACAGCGUGCACGCGUCGCUGACGCCACUGACACUUUUAGUGCAGAAGCACUGGCUGGUGAAGAUUGUUCAUUGUCCCUUGCCAGCUCUCCUGCUGUUCAGACCAGCCCAAGCAAUGAUAGAUGCACUUUGACUGCAGGUGCCACUGUAGAAAACUUUGUUCAAAUUUCCUCCACGCCUGCUUCUCCUGCAGUAGUAGAUAGCGAGAGUAAAAUUGAUCACGAAAAGGGGCCAUUUUGUUCCCAGCUUGUGGCUUCAGCAGAAGGUCAAAGUCCUGCAGACGUCGUUUGUCAGGAUCCAAAAGUCUGCAAAACUUCGCCUUCUCUUUGUGUCGCCCUUUCAUCUGUCUGCAAGUCCCUGUGCACAAGGGACAGUAGCCCUCCAGGAAGCACUGCCACAAAGCCCGCAGAGGCGUAUGAUGACGCCUCUUCAGGUGACACAAAGGGAAUGGCCUUCACUGGCUUGCAGGCCGCCAGCACCAUACGGCUCGCUGUGGACGGUGAUGUCGCCGGGGCAGCGGAGCAGAGCACCCAUUGCACUGAGGCAAGAACGGAACCAGACGGAUGUGCCAACAAUGAAGGCUCCUCGCUGGCCGACCUGAUUCCCGGCCAGCUCUUCCUGCUUGCAGCACCUGCGGUGUCUGAAAAGGGUUCGGAGAAAAGCUUAGCACCGGCUUUGUCGGAGGUCACAUCAGGUGAUUGCGUAGAAGAGCAAAGCAGUCCAAAGCUGUCACCCAGCAAGAGCAAAAAGGCCGUGUCGCACGAGUUUUUGGAAACGCGUUUCCGCAUUCAGCAACUUCUGGAGCCUCGGCAAUACAUGUUAUCCCUACCGGACCACGUGCUCGCUCAGAUGUUCGGUUACCUUCCAACACGCUGCUUGGCGGCGCUCAAGUGCACGUGCCGCGACUUCAAGUGGCUUAUCGAGGCGUACGACAUUCGAGCCACGGACUCUCGCUGGAGUGACGACCCGCGUUACAGCGAUGACCCUUGCAAACAGUGUCGAAAGCGGUACCAGCGUGGGGACGUGUCUCUCUGCCGUUGGCAUCCAAAGCCGUACCACCGUGACCUCCUCUACGGCCGCUCCUACUGGAUGUGCUGCCGUAAGCCUGACCGUGAUGCCGCAGGCUGCAAGGUGGGCCUGCACGACAACAACUGGGUGCAGCCCAGCGACCGCCUGCAGCAGAUUCGCCGCUUCUCUGCAGAGGAGCACUGAGGAGGAGGAGGGGACCGUUGUGGCUCGGACGAUGGGCUGCGUGUUUGGGAAGGGGUGGCUGCCUCACCCCUUUGCAAAACUCGCGCGUGUGUAUAUUUGUGUUUGUGUGCGCCUGAUUCCCCUGUCCCUUCCAAGCCCUUGCCUUCUUCCUCAGUCUGAAUGAGACGCAGAGACAAACCGCGAUCACGCUACCUUGACGACCUACUGAUCUCUUUGCUCUCAGCACUCACUGUAAUAGUUUUGCCGUGCCUGGAAGCAGAUUUGCUACAGAUAAAGAGGCGUUUAAACGUAACAGUGGUUGUUAUAAUUGGGAGUACAAGGUGUGUUCUAUUAUUUAAAGAAAAUUCCACUUUUCAUAGCAUUCAGUGUAUAUAUACAUUGCUAACACAUGACUCCGAUGUAGAGAUCCAGUUACAAACUGUAGAUAAUUCAUACUGUGAACUAAUCUGUAAUUACAUCAGACUGAUUAUAAGACCCGAAUUUGCGUAGGCAAAUCAGUUUAAAAGCUUGUCUUCAUGGCUUCGCUCACUGGGUGGCUGCAGUAAUGUGUUGCACAAUCAAAAAAGGGUCAAAGGCAUACACAGGCUGCUUAAAUGCACACCUAAUGUGAACAUUUCAUGUCAACAAGUCUAUCAAUUGUUCAUUUGCUGCAUGUGUGUGUGUGUGUUGAGGAUGAGAAAGAUAAUGCAGAAAAUUGUACAAAGGAAAUGUCACCCGAUGGUGUAGUUAAUUGUGUGUGCAUGGCUUUGCCUCCUAUUGUGUGUAAUCAAUAAAUCUGGCUUAAUUUUUCUGUGCAUUGAUCCAAAUGUUGUGGUGUGUGAUUCAUAGCCGACUAACUGCUCAUGCAGCCCAUGUGAUGCUGUGAGUGCAGGAAGGGGGGGGGAGGGGGCUUCUGGAGCAAAUGAGAUUGGUCAACACCUACUUACCCCACUGUCUACCAAUAAUUGAUUUCCUGUGACGCCUGUGUGUUUCUUUAUUUUUAAUUGACAUAAAAUUCAUAAAAUCACCUUACACUGUCACAUGCCUGAUGUACAAUUGCCUCGCUGUGUACUUGCACAACGUUUUCUACUUUGUGUCAUUGAACAGGCUUGAGCCCUAGAUACAAGAACCAAUUAUUUUAUAUAUUUUUUUACGUUAUGCCUUUCCGCAGUGUUGUGUGGUAAUAUCUGUCAAUGGUGUAGAUUAAAGCCUUUAAGAUAUCUAACCUAAUGCUGGUGGUGGCGAGAAAUUGGUAUCCAAAAAUGGUUAGUGCAACAAUUGCCAAAUCUGCAGAAAUAGUGAAAAUGUCUUUUUCCAUUGAAUAUUGUCAGAAACUGCAUUUCUACGAGCACAUGCAUUUGGACAAAAAUGUUUUUGGUUAUGUUAACACCUGUUAACUAGCCCUUGAAAAGUGUAUUUUGUACUGUUGUCGUGCAUGUCGUGAAUGUUUGUGUUGGUGUAUGAAUGUUUUCUGUCUGCUUGAUAGCAAACCAGGUUAAACCCGUGGUCAUAAGUCCCAAUUAUUUUUUUUUCCAAACUACAUUAUUCAAGAAGUCGGUAAGAAUUCCUUUAAAACCCAUUAAACUCGUUGAAAACCCUGACACGCUAGCCGGAGUUCUAGUGCACCGCACAUGCAUGCAUGCGCACACCACUGCUUCAAGACUUCAGUUAUAUCUACUCACCUGUUGCGUAAACCGUAGGUGGUAAAUACACGGCGUGGUGCAGGGUCUCAGGACAGGGCGGACGGGGUGUGGGUGACGGCUGCUGUACCGACGACGCGAGGAAGCGGCCGUGUUUGAUAUCGGGUGAUGUCUGCAGCAGAACCUCCCCCUCCCCCUUCAGGCUCGAUUGGAUCUAUGUGUGUGUACUUAGUGCAGUUCCUGCCAGAACUAGCAGCUCGUCUCUGACCACCGUGGAAGGUGAAGAAGGUGCAGCCCCUGCAUUUGCUUUCUCAUGCAACUGCUGGCGAAGAGUUUCCACCAGAGGGACCGCCAUACCCAGCAAUUUUGACGUCAAAUAGUCCAGUUUAGCCUUUGAGACAUUAUGAAGCACUUUGAAUACGAUUUUAGCUUUACUUGGAAUUGUUUUGUAUUGGGUGAAAUCCUCAUUUGCAAGCGAUUCCCCCUCCCUCACGUGGCAUCUUGCUGCUGUCCAGAAUUCGACACUUUCCGAACUUGCUACCCUUCACAUUUCUUCCUCUGAUCUUUUAAAGUCUUACCAUGUUUAGUAGCCAUGCUCAUCUCUUUUUGCAUGGCAUUUUAUAUACCAUACAAUACUACUGAUGUGGCAACAACUUGCAUUAAAGGUAUUUUUCUCA